CCUUCAAUCUAUAUACCAUCGGCUACGAGAUAGUCUCAACUUUCUCAUUUCUUGUUUUUUCCUUUCACUACCACCAGAAAAUCAAAGAAGCCCGAACCAUAUCUUUUUCUGUGUACCACAUAUAUUUCUUUAUUUAUGGGUAGCCUCAAUUCUGACAAUGUAACCAGCCACACUUCUUCCUCUAACAUUAGCCCUUUGGACCCUGAGGAGUUCAGGCGACAAGGCCAUAUGAUCAUAGAUUUCUUAGCUGAUUAUUAUCGCGAUGUAGAGAAAUACCCGGUUCUAAGCCAAGUCGAACCGGGAUAUCUCCAAAAACGCUUGCCAAAGUCCACCCCACAUAAUCCAGAACCCAUUGAAACCAUUCUCCAAGACGUACAGGAGCACAUUGUUCCUGGUUUAACACAUUGGCAAAGCCCCAACUUCUUUGCUUACUUCCAAUGCACUAGUAGCAUUGCAGGGUUUCUAGGCGAGAUGCUUAGCACCGGCUUCAAUGUGGUCGGAUUCAGUUGGAUUGCAUCACCAGCAGCUACUGAACUAGAGACAAUAGUCAUGGAUUGGCUUGGAGAGAUACUUAAUCUACCCAAGUCUUUCCUUUUCUCUGGCAAUGGUGGGGGUGUGAUACAAGGUACUACUUGUGAGGCCGUUUUGUGCACACUCGUUGCUGCAAGGGAUCAAAUGCUUAGCCAAAUUGGGAGAGAGAACCUGGUGAAGUUGGUAGUUUAUGCUUCUGACCAAACACAUAGUGCAUUCCAAAAAGCAGCACAAAUAGCAGGGAUCCAUCCAACGAAUUUCAGAGCCAUGAAGACUUCUAAGUCAACGUCAUAUGCACUAUCACCAGACUCACUACGAGCCCAAAUUUGCGAAGAUGUGGAAGCAGGCCUAGUCCCAUUGUUUUUAUGUGCCACUGUGGGAACAACUUCAACGGCUGCCAUUGAUCCACUAGAAUCGUUAUGUGCAGUGGCAAAAGAUUAUGGAAUGUGGGUUCAUGUUGAUGCUGCUUAUGCCGGAAGCGCCUGUAUUUGUCCUGAGUUUCGGCACUUCAUCGAUGGUGUUGAGGGUGCGAACUCAUUUAGUCUCAAUGCACACAAGUGGUUCUUAACCUCUUUGGAUUGUUGCUGCCUUUGGGUAAAAGAUCCUAGCGCCUUGAUAAAGUCACUCUCAACCAACCCUGAGUUCUUGAGGAAUAAAGCCUCGGAUUCAAAGCAAGUGGUGGACUAUAAAGACUGGCAGAUAACCCUAAGCCGAAGAUUUCGUUCCAUGAAAUUAUGGUUUGUGCUUAGAAGCUAUGGUGUAGCUAACCUUAGGAGCUUCAUGAGAAACCAUGUGAAAAUGGCCAAACUUUUUGAAGGGCUUGUAGCUAUGGAUAAAAGGUUUGAAAUUGUGGUCCCUACAAAUUUUGCCAUGGUUUGUUUCAGGAUUUUGCCAUCGGCACUGAGUGAGACAGUAUACAAAAAUGGUAAGCUUGAAAUGGUAAGCGAGGAACACGCGAAUGAGGCAAACCGCAAAUUGUUGGAGUCCAUUAACAUGUCAGGCUGUGUCUUCAUGACUCAUGCUGUGGUCGAGGGAGUAUACGUGAUACGAUUUGCCGUUGGUGCAACUCUAGUUGAGGAACGACACGUUAUCACGGCUUGGAAAGUGGUGCAGGAGCAUGCAAAUGUCAUACUAAGCACUUAUAAACCACGAGCUCUUCUUGUGUAAGCCUAGCUAGGCUGAAUCUUCUUUGCAUGCGCGCAGCCAGUAAAAUAUUUCUUUUCGCACAAUAAGUGGGAGUAAGGAUUUGAAAUUUAGUUCUUCCCAUGAGAAGAAUCAAUCCCCUCCACCAUUUAUUAAAAUAUUACCAAUGAAAUUUUGAAUUUAAAAAUAAAAGCAUGAAUUUGCUUAGUGUGUUUACUGAAAGAUUAUAAACUAGCUUUUUUUAUUUUAA